CCCAAUUUAAUUUUGAUUUUAGAGUAUAUGGCAUAAAUCUUAGGGCUUAUAAUAUAUUGUAUAUGGUUUAGUGUUUAGGGUUUAGUUUAAUGUUUUGAAUUUAGGGUUUAGUGUUCAGGUUUUAACUAUAUAGUUUAAGAGUUAGGUUUAGUACAAGUGUUUGGUAUAAGGUUUUGAGUUUAGGUUUAGGAUUUAUGAUUAAGAUUUAUGGCUUAGGGUUUAGGAUUUAUUCAAGGAUCUAGGGUUUAAAAUUGAGUGUUUAGUGUUCUUAAGAUUUAGUGUUUACGAUUUAGGGUUUAGGAUUUAUCGAAGAGUUUAAGGUUUACUUAAGAGUUUAGGGUUCAAGUUUUUAGGAUUUAGGGUUUAGUUUUUUGCUGCAAUUACUAUUAUUUUUAUUUAUUUAUACCUUUUUUAUUUAAAAAACAUAAUGUAACUUAGCAAAUUCUUAUUAUUUAUUUUCUUUUUAAUAGAUACUGCUGAAUAUAAAAUAACAAAAUAUUAUUGGUUGGUGAACUUACAGGUUCACUCUUUGGGGCGAACCCAAGAACAACUCGGUAUAAAUUGUUUGAUUUAGUGUUUUAGAGAGUAGUAAGACAAUAAAACUAAAGCACAACUUUUCAUUUCUUAAUGUUGAGAAAGUAGGAGUUUUCAAAGAGAGAGAAAUGAAAGGGACUCAAUAACAAUAAGAGUAUAGUUUUGCUUUCCUAGGUGUAUAAUGAAUAACAAUAAGAGUAUGGCAAUACAAUAAAUUAUACAAACCCUAAAAAAAUUUGUAUCACAAGGUCUACAUUGAUCGUAAACAUAAUAUAUUAAGUCCAGCCUAUAGAUCGAUAAGAGUUCUAUGUAUUAUAUAUAUAAUUUUAUUAUAUAUUUAAAAGAAUGAUUUAUUGAUAUGAUUUAUUGUUAUGUAUUGUUAUAUGUAAAGUCCAGUCUUGCCGGUGUACACUUUUCGGUGUACACUUUCGUUGUACACUUUCCGACGUACAUUCCGGUGUACACUUCUUGGUGUACACUUCCCGGUGUACACUUCUUGGUGUACACUUCCCGGUGUACACUUCUUGGUGUACACUUUCCGGUGUACACUUUUGGUGUACGCUUCCCGGUGUACACUUUCGGUGUACGCUUCCCGGUGUACACUUUCGGUGUACGCUUCCCGGUGUACACUUCUCUGUGUACGCUUCCCGGUGUACACUUCUCUGUGUACGCUUCCCGGUGUACACUUCCCAUUGUACGCUUUCCCGGUGUACACUUCCCCUUGUACGCUUUCUCAGUGUACACUUCCCGCUGUACGCUUUCUCAGUGUACACUUCCCGGUGUACACUUCCCGGUGUACACUUUUUUGUGUACACUUCUCGGUGUACACUUCCCGGUGUACACUUAGUGUGCAUCUGAGCUUACAUCUUACAUCAUAAUGCAUAUCUGGUGUACAAAGGAACAUACACUUAGUGUACACCAACGUACACUAGUAUAAGCUCUAGUGUACACUGGAAUUUAUGAUGUAAAGUUUAGGCUUUAAUGCUUGAUUUUAGAUCGUAAGACAUAAAGCUCAUGACAUAAGUAUAAGGUUUUUCUUUUGUCAAAUGAAGUUUUGGAUAUGUAUAACAUAAUUCUAUUCUUUUUGCUUCUUGUGUGAUAUGUAAUGGAUCCAUAAAAAUACAUUCAACUUUAAACACAUACCCUUAGCAACUUGUAUCUCAAAAUUUGAAGAAUUUUAUUUACUUUGUUCUUUCGUCGAUAUUCCUAAGUAUGCUAAUGUAUACUCUAGAAUAUGAGCUUAUUUUAUUAUAUUAGUUUAAAAAUAAACAUUUACACUGUGAAUAAUAUAUCAAGUGCUCACAAUGAAAUAACAUCUACUUUUAAAUAAAUUAUAUUAUUAUUAUUUUAUUUUUUGUAACUUUAUUAAUAACUUUUAUUGUUCAAUACAAAUUGCAUUUUCAGGAAAGGAAUGUAAAUACGUUUUCAAGAAUUUGUUUAGUUGUCUGACUAUAUUUAUUUACUAAAUGGUUUGAAUUUUAGGGUUUGUGGUCUAAUGUUUGGUUUAGAGUUAGUGUAUAGUUUUCAAGGUGUAGGGUUUAGGUUUUAGUGUUUGGUUUAGGUUUUGAAUUUUUGAUUUAGGUUUUUGGAGUUAUGAUAGACUCAAAGUGUCACUUUGAUUUUAGGAUAUAGAGUCUAUUGUUUAGGGGUCAUGAUAUAAAAUGUUUAAUUUAGGGUUUUAGAGAGUAAUAAGACAAUAAAGGUGACUGAAUAACAAUAAUAGUGUGGUUUUGCAUUCCAAGAUGUAUACUAAAUAACAAUAAGAGUGUGGCAGUACAAUAAAUUAAUACUAACCUUGAAAAGUUUUGUAUGUAUAUUGAUUGUAGACAUAAUAUAAUAUUAAGACCAGCCUAUAAAUCGAUAAGAAUCAUACGCAUUAUGUAAAGGGUCGUAGCUAUUAUAUUGUUUUAUUUUUUCUCAUAUUUUAAAAUUAUUCUUUUGAUUUAGGGUUUACGGUAUAGAGUCUCAAAGUAUCACUACAUUGGAGUUAUGAUAGCCUCAAAGUAUCACUUUGAUUUUAGGAUAUAGAGUCUAUUGUUUAGGGCUCAGGAUAUAAAAUGUUUAAUUUAGGGUUUUGGAGAGUAAUAAGACAAAGGUGACUGAAUAACACUAAUAGUGUGGGGUUUUGGUUUCCAAGGUGUAUACUGAAUAACAAUAAUAGUGUGGCGGUACAAUAAAUUAAUACUAACCCUGAAAAAUAUCGUAUCACAAGGUGUAUAUUGAUCGUAGACAUAAUAUCGUACGAUAAUUAAGACUCCUAUGCAUUAGGUAAAGGGUCGUAGCUAUUAUCGUUUUCUCUUUUUUUCUUAUAUUUUUUAAUUAUUCUUUUGAUUUAGAGUUUACGGUUUUGAGUUUUAGGGUUUAGGAUUUACUUUGAAUUACAUUAGAUUUUGAGUUUAUGGUCUUGAAUAUAUGAGUUAGGGCUAAAGAUUUCGAGUUUUUUCAGGUUUAGAGUUUAGGGUUUAAGGUUAGGCGUCUUAUAUACUAUAUAAGAUAUAUAAAUAAUAUGUAUAAAGUGAUAUUCAUUUAUAUUAAUAUUAGGUUCAGGGGCUUUCGAGUAUAUUGAUUAUGGUUUAGGGUUUAGGGGAUGUAGGUCUCAGGAUAUAUAAUUAGAAACUACAUGGUAUGGAAAUGUAUAGUUUUAGUGGUUUAUUAUCUUAGGAUAUAUAAUAUUAGGUUUAAGGGAUGUAAAAUGUUUGAUUUAAGGUUUCAGAGAGUAAUAAGAUAAUAAAAAUAAAGCAUAGCUUUUCCUUUCUUAAUGUUGAGAAUGUAGCUUUCAAAGAGAGAGCAAUGAAGGUAAUUGAAUAACAAUAAGAGUGUGGCAGUACGAUAAAUUAUUAUACUAUGUAAAUUAAUAAUGUUAAAAUAUAAAAUGUAACUUAAAGAAGCAUUUUAGAUAAAAUAUGUCCGGUGUACAUUUUAAUUAAUAAUGUUAAAAUAUGCCCGGUGUACAUUAAGGUACACCUUGGUGUACACUACGGUGUACAAUUUCGUGUACGUUCGGUGUAUUAUGCGGUGUGCACCGCAGUGUACAUAAUAGUUUACAACAUAGCGGUGUACACUGCGGUGUACACUGCGGUGCACUCUCCGGUGUACGCCUCUGUGUACGUCUCCGUGUACGCCCAUGUGUACGCUCCGUGUACACUCUAGUAUACAUUGAUGUACGCUGCGGUGUACACUAAAUGAACGCUCUUUGUACACUAGGUGUACCCUCCGUUGUACACUAAAUGAACGCUCUUUUUACACUAGGUGUACGUUUCUAUGUACACUCUAGUGUACAUUAGAUAUACACUCUGAUACCGUAUGUGUAAGCUCUGGUGUACACUAAGAGUACACUCCUUUGUACGCUAAGUGUAUAUACUCAUGUAUACAUUACGAUAUAGGGUUAUGUUUUGGAUAUCUGGUUUAGGGUUUAGGUUUAAGGCGUAGUGUUUGAUAUAGGGUUUUGGGUUCAGGUUUGAAGAUAUAUAGGGAGAAUUUACGUGUAAAACUAUGUUUGAUUUAGGGUUAAAUAGAAAACUGAUUGUAAUUAUUUCGGAACUAAAACAUGUUUAGUUUCAAAAUUUCAUAUUAUUAUAUAUUUUAAAUAUACAUUAUAAUUAUUGUAAUUAAAAAAAUCAACAAUUCAGCAAACUAUCUAAUACAUUCAUGACAAACUUUUACCACAUUUUCCAAUAUCAUUUUAAUCUACUAACUUUUUUUUCUUUAGUCUACUAAUUUACUAAAUCUUUAACACUCAGUUACUAUCACAUAACCAAAAAAAUAAGCGUUGGUGGUAAGGGAGAUAGAUAUGGAUAAAAUAGGUAUAUUGUUUAGAGUCAAAGAUUUAGGGUAUCGAUACUCUACUAACCUACUAACUCUCAGUUACUAUCACAUAAAAAAAAAAGCGUUGAUGGGCCAGAGAGAUAGAUAUGGAUAAAAUAGGUAUAUGGUUUAGAGUAAAAGAUUUAGGGUUUUGAGCUUACGGUUUAGGGUUUCAUUUUAGGGUUUAGUUUUUUUAGUUCAGGAUUUUGAGUUUAAAGUUUAGGGUUUAAUGUCUAGGGAUUAGAGUUACAUGUUUGAGUUUAGAGUUUAAGGUUUAGAUUUUGGUAUUUUAGUUUAUGGGUUUUUGUUUUUGUUUACGGUUUACGCGAUGUAGGUACGAGGAUAUAUAGUGAGAUACUAUAUGAAAAUGUAUAAUUUUAGUGGUUAUUAUCUUAGGAUAUAAUGUUUUUUUUUUUUUGAAACACCCUUAGGAUAUAAUGUUAGAUUUAAGUUUUUAGUUUAUUGAGUUUAGUGUUUAAUUAGAAUUUCUAUAUAUGGGUAUAUUGUUUAGAAUAUGGUUUAGGGUCUAGGGUAUAUACUUUAGUGUUUAUGGUAUAGAAUAUGAUAUAGUGAUUAGGGUAUAUUUUUUAGUGUGUUAGGUUUAGUGUUUGAUUUAAGUUUUGAGAGUAUAUUUUUUAGUGUUUUAUAUUUGUGUUUACAAAUUUAAUUUAAUGUUUAGCCUAGAAUUUAUGAUAUAGUAUAUAGUGUUUAGGGUCUAUAAAAUAUAUGUUAUAAGGUUGAAUAUAUGAUUUAUAUUUAAUUUUACAUUUUAUUUCGUUUUAUUUUUUUUAGGUGCAUUUAAAUAUCUUUAUUGUAUAUGUGUGUUCAUUAAUAGGGAUUAGAUGAACACAAUUUAAGAGUUUAGAUAAAAAAAAUCUAAAGAAAUAUGUACAUUAUAAUACUCUAGGGCCAAAAUGAAAAGAAGCAAACUAAUUAGGACCAAAUAUGCAAUUAUGAGAAACUUAGCAAUUGUUGUUGAGAGAAGCUGAGACGACGGCGGAAGAGAGCGACCGAUAUGGAGACAAUCCGACGUCGACGACUGGUGCUUGGACGAGAUCACAACGGUUUCGUUUUUGGACCUGUGACGAGGAAUGGAGCUUGUUGCGGCCAUGGAUUCCGGUAAGAGCUUCCACGGAGAGCUCGACGGAGAAGACCGUAACUUGCGGGAUCUGUUGACUUCGUUUCUGUUGAAACCAGCUUCAAUUGUGAGGGUGACGGAGAAGAUGAUGACGGUAACGCACGGAGAAAUCAGAUUUAGUUGUCUUCGUUUCUAUUGAGCUCAUCCCUGCCAAAUGACUCAACCGUAAGACAACAAUCUGGAAAUUGAACAUAUAUUAACCCAUAUGUUAAAGUUAUAUAAGCUAAAAAGUACAAGUUUAUAAGGUCAAUAUUUUUCAACUUUGAGGUUUAAUAUCGACUCGAUUUCUCUGGCACCUACGACUCUUAAGUGUUAGGGUCAAUUUCAUAUGUAUACUAUAAACAAGUUUGUAGCUCAAAAGGUUAAAAUAGUGGGUCAAAUACAUAAAGCUUAGGGAUUAAAAGAUUAGAACUGUCAUUAAUUAUUUAUCUUUCCAUUAGGUAUGCAAAACGCAAAUAAAAAUUUGGACCAACCCACUUCUACGAUUAAAAACUAAACGCGACCCACCCCUAUAACACACCAGUUUUAAACAUAUAGAAACAGGUGAUUUCUCGAUCCUGAUAAAAUCUGCUGACGUCAUAUGUCUGACCGCCACCAUUGUACUCUAGAUUAGGAAAAGGAAACAAUGUUACACGAAACUUUGAAAUAGGAUUCCAAAUGAAAGUUUUUCUGCUUUGGUCUCUGGAGCAAUGUAUAUUCACCACUGGAACAAUAGAAGUUUUCUUGAAUCAUUUUUUCAACAGCAUGGAAUCAGUCUCUUUCGUCUUGGCUCCGAGAAUCUACCAUCAGGUUGUACAUUUUCAUUUCUUCUAAUACCCAAAACUGAAAACCUUUUUUUCUUUGUUGAUAUCUAAUAUUAGUUUGUAAUUUCUAUUUGCAGUUGGUAUCGAACAGAGUUUCGCAUGAGAAUUGGAUGACGGUUUACAAUGGUGAUUUCUUUUUUUUUUUUUUUUGAACACCAACAAUGGUGAUUUCUAAAAACAAAGAGAAGAGUUGUGUUGGGCAAGACAAUGCCAAGUCAUAAUGUCGAUUCUCGGUGGAAAUUCCGGUCGGAUAUGUAUAGAGAAUGAAACAUUUCUUAUAGGUUCAUACAUGGUGAGUAUAGGUCGGAUAUGUAUAGAGAAUGAAACAUUUCUUAUAGAGAAUGAAAUUCAUACAUGGUGAGUACAGAGGUGAAUAUAUAGGUUCAUAGGAACGUUGGGUUUUGUACAAUGCCGUUGACUAUAAAGUCCUUUACAUAAAUAGACUUAAACUUGUUUCCUUAAUAAUAUGGCAAUAAGUGAUCAGGUUGGUUCUACUCACAUGGCGAUGAUAAAAUCGCAAAAUACAAUGUAAGAAUUAACCUUAUCCUUUUUUAGGAUUCAUGAUCGAUGAUCCUUCUUAGCGUGGAAUUCGGAACCUAUACAUAAUUGUUAGAGCACCAAUAACCAGGGUUUUUAAGAAGGUUUUAAAAAUAAUGAAGCAUUUAAUUAAAUCAAAACUAAAGAAAAUUGCAGUUAUCGAUCCUUAAUAUAGGAUUUCUGUGACCGAUUACAAAGGGGAUUUCUAAGCCACGUGUCAGCAAACUAAAUAAUGAGGCAUUUUUUUUGUCUCUCCUCUUCUCUUUCGUGCCUCGUCUUCUCCGUCUCCUCCUGUGUUCUCCGCGGGACGACGAUGACUUUUUGUUCUCUCCUUCACACCUACAAGGUUCAAACGAAAGCUAAAACCCCAUCUCACUUCGUUAAGCCUCCUCUCUACUCGAUUAAUCUCUCUCUGUCUCCUUCUCCGUGGAUCUCUCAUUCGAUCGGAUGAUCUCUCUCCUCCGUUGAGUUUCGAAACUUCUCUGUGGAGAUCGAUGGCCACAUCCACUCGAAAUAAACCACAUGUAAAUGUGGGAACAAUUGGGCAUGUAGAACAUGGGAAGACUACUUUAACUGCUGCAAUCACAAAGGUUCUUGCUGAAGAGGGAAAAGCUAAAGCUAUUGCCUUUGAUGAAAUUGAUAAAGCUCUCCAAGCCAAUGUUUUUGCUCCAGUCUGAUUCGGAUGGUCAAUCUAUGUUAAGAUUUGAUCUCGGCAUGAUCUUAAUCGCAACCGAUGAGUUCUCAGCGGGAAAUAAACUUGGACAAGGUGGAUUUGGAUCUGUCUACAAGGUAUGAACUUUUCAUUGUAAAAUAUGUUUUCAAAACAUUUAUAUUUUUCGAUGAUGUCAUACCGGUUUCAGGGGAUUUUACCGAGCAGACAAGAGAUAGCGGUAAAGAGAUUAGCUGGAGGGUCAGGACAAGGAGACUUAGAGUUCAAGAAUGAGGUUUUACUCUUAACGAGACUCCAACAUAGGAAAUGGUUAAGCUUCUUGGCUUCUGUAAUGAAGGAGAUGAAGAGAUUCUUGUUUAUGAGCAUGUCCCUAAUUCAAGUCUUGAUCACUUUAUAUUCGAUGAACACAAACGUUGGCUACUUACUUGGGAUGUGAGGUGUAGAAUCAUAGAAGGAGUUGCAAGAGGGCUUCUUUAUCUCCAUGAAGAUUCUCUUCUGGAUCAAAGCUUGAAGAGUUUAAGACACUUGCAAAGCUUGCUUUAUCUGACUCUGUUACUACAACAUCAAGGGUCUCAAACCUGAAUCCAUCUGAUAUUUCUCAGAACAAAGACUUAAUAUAAAAUGUGGCCAAAUGAAAAUUUUCUGCAUUAGAAAUUGCUAUCAUUUGCCGAUACAUAAUAUAAAAAAAAAGGAAAGGUUUUUAUGUAAGGGUACUUUUUGGCGGUCAUAUACUAUCUUUUUGUGCAUACUACUGAACUUGGAGAACAAGAAAGUUGCGUUUCCUUCUAAGACUUUUUCUUGUGCUCAAAGAUGAGAUUCACGAGAACGUAUUUCAUAGUAUUAUGAUACAAUAUGCAUAAAUAUUUGAGUAAGUAAUAUUUCAAUUAUGCAUACAAAUUUUUAAGAACCCUUGAUUAAGAAACUCCCAAUGGAACACAAAAUCUAUGAGUUUCUUAACUAAAUUUCUUAACUAAUUUUUAUUAUUAAAUAAAUCAUUAAGAAACUCAAAUGGGGAUAUAGGGAUAAUGAUGCUCUUAGAUCUCUCUUAACAGAAUCCUAUGAUAAAUAAAAUGAAUUAAAAAUAUUUAAGCAUGUUAGGACUUAUUCAGAUCCAGAUUUGGAAGAAGACUAAAUCAAUUUGACUAGACACGAAAAAUAUAGAUGUAUUAAACAGCUUAUAAAUAUGGCAUGGCUAUGCUUCAGAGGUACACACAACACAGAAUGACGAAAUGGAAUGUGGUCAUGGUGGUAAUGAUUGUGAUGGUUGCUGCAAUGGGAGGAGAAGCAAAGCAAAUACGCCAAAGGACUUGGAUAGGUUGCUUUCGAUAUUGUUCUCGCAAUUGCAGCGAUACCGACGGAAAUUGCUAUGAAGGUUGUAAGAUCAGAUGUGGUGGUCCAACUCCUACACAAACAAAUUCAAGGUAGAGCUUUCUUUUUCCGAAUUUUUUGUUCUUGUGGAUUUUGGAUUUUUGACUUUUUAGUUACUGAUUGAGGACUGAGGACUUUAGAUUAGGAAUGAGUAAUAUCAGAUACAUUUAUGCAUGAGAAACAUUUUACAGCUAGCAUAAUUUCCUAAGUAUUGCAAUUAUAAUGAGAUCCUUGUACUACUUCAUCUACCUAUUCUUAAUGUCUUACUUGAUCUUCUAAAUCGUUCUACAUGAAUAAGUGUAUGAAAUCAUACCUAGUUUUUAUAGAUGAUUUGAAAAAAUUUCUACGUCGUUUCUGGUUUGGAUGGUAGUAUCACUAAUUUUCUAAUAUAUUUUAGUUUUAAGUUGGAAGUUUUUUAAGCUCGGUUAUGAUACUGGACUAGAGUUCAGUUUUUCAGUGUAAGAAACUAUAUCUAUUUAAAACCAUAUCAUCGACAUGGUUACGUUUUUAGAUCAAUUAUUUUUUUGUCUGGACCGGAUUUAACCCAAUUUACAUAUAAUCUAAACUGAACACCUCCUUUUUUCAUUAAUUCUUUGUAUUAUUGUGAUACUGUC